AUGGAUUCUGCGGCUGUUAAAGCGUUAUUACAGGACAUCGUGGAAAGGGAGAUCCGCAUCAGCUCCAUAAUUCGAAGAAUCGGAGAUGGACAAGUGGAUAAUAUUGGGUUGCUGGAUUUGAACCAAGAUAUUAGAGCUGAAACGAAAAUUCUGCGUGAGAAACUUCGAGACCUUGAUGAUGCUGCCGUCGAUUGUCCUGCUGGCGAAGACCGAGAUAUGCUAAUGAAGGAAUCCAAAAAACAUUGCAUCGAACUUACCAACUUUAGAACUGCAUUAAGAAAAGCCAAUCUGCAAUGCCAGAUGUCGAUUUCAAACAGGAAUGCCGAGGAAUUGUUCAGAACUAAAGACGGAUACAAGUUAAAGGUUCGAAGGGAAGAAAGAAGCAAGGAAUCCAUCGCGAAUUCGGCGGCUGAUGUGACGAAUGACUUGAGAGCUAUUGCUCGUGUGAUGGCAGAGCAAGUAGAUCGUUCAAAAAUGACCGUUGAUGCCUUGGCUACUUCGUCCCAGCAUUUGGAGGAAGUGCGGAGCGAGUUCAAGGGCAUGAACCAUGUGAUAUCCCAGGCCCACAACCUGUUGACCAAGUACGGACGCCGUGAGUUCACGGAUAAGCUGCUCAUAUUCGCCGCUUUUGCAUUCUUUGUAGCUUGCGUGCUGUACGUGAUUCAGAAGCGGCUAUUUUGACCUUCACGUGAAAAUAUCCGCCGGAAGUGCCCGUGAUGAUAAAGUGAUAAAUCGUGCUUUUCAGUGAUCAUUCGCGGGAAAUAUGGUUUAUACGAUGCUAGAAGGUUGUGAAAGACAGUUUUGAAAGCAAAUUUUGGUCACUUUCUGCGUCAUCCUGGAGACCUUGCGAUUAUUCUGACGAUUCGCGCACCUGGCAUCCGAUUUUUGAAUUCGUCUUUUUUUUAUCCGUGAGUCGAUAGUUUUCUUUUUAAAUCCCGACUUACCUUCGAUCACGUGAAGUUCUGCGUGAGAAUCUUUGGUUCUUAUCUGAAAUCGAAGUGCUUGCGCUCUCACGUCUUCUGCGAAGUCCCAGCGAGAUUUUCUUGGUGAUCCCAGGAGGUAAUCCUCACUUCGGUGCUUAUGGUUAUUUGUCCGUUUUUAUAUUUUUCUCUGAACCGAUUGCAAAGAUUUACUUGCUUUUCUAGUAGCUGCGCUGUUACAUUGCGACCCUUCGUUUCACCUGUCAUUCUCGAGUAGCCUAACUCUGAACCAACUCAAGUACAGGAUCUAAAACGAUCGAACUACAUUAAUAUCUCACCAAACAUAAAUAAAAUAAUAAACUGAGUCAUCUCAAACCGUAUCCCUCGGAUCUGAGCGUGUCCGCGAAAGUUUGCUGCUGGUCAACACGGAAAUUUUUGGCUCAGGGAGCAAAUAUUUGGCGAACGAAGAGCUGAUCCGUGUAUUGAAAAGUCUGAGAAAAACUCCGAUGUAAACGAGCAAAUCUGAUAUUGCUCAACGGGAUACUAUCAAAAAUCAAUCGCUUGAAAAUUUUCCAGAGCUUCCGCCCCGACGUACUAAUUUAAUUGUACACUGUACCGAAUAGAGCCCCAAAUAUUUUUCCGUAACAUUUGCACUCUUUCCGUGGUUUUCUGCUCCGGUUAAUCCGCUGACAUGAAAACGUGAUAGUUACGAAGGCUCUACGAGUGAUCGCGUGUGUGUCACGGUCGGCUGGGCCACAACCGUUCGCACGGCAGAUGUCGUUUGGAGCUUUGUUCCGAAUGUUUUUUGUUUGUUGCCUGCUGUGAACACAUUCGUUGUAUUAUUCUUCGUCGGAGUUGCACUGGGGUAAUAUUACGUGUUUUUUUCGUAACUUGAGAGUAGUUUUCGAACGUGUCGCUGAAUAUACGAUGGCAAUGGUCGUGUUCUCCCUUGAGGUUUCCUUCGUGUCCGGUGCUUUGGGUUCUGAAAGUGGAAUUGUUGCUGUUCCGAUGCGUCUACGAAUGGGAUAUUUAUUUUUCAAGUGUGGAAAAGUGAAAAUAAAUGUUAGGCAAGGAAAUAUGGUGAGAGGUGGAAAAUUUGUUGGAUACUAGAGAUGGGUGGCAACUUUUUUUUUAUUAUCUGUUCUUUGAUACGAUUACAAAUUCGAAUUUUCUUGCUACCAAGUCUCGAUGUGGAACUUCUUGUCGCAUAUCAGAACGUUAUUAUUCCAGAUUUUCUUAUCGCGACUUCGUUGCGCAGUGGGAAUGUGAUGCCGCACGUUUUAGGAAUUAUUGUUUUUAUUUUAUUUCGGAAUAUCCGAGUGCGUUCGUGGAAAGCAGCAUUUCCUAGUUUUCGCACUGUGAGUUUUGAACUGUUCUUUGGAAGCUUCUGUUUUGUAUGCCCUGACGGGUUGUUUGGAAUUCUUUUUUUUUUUUUUUUUUUUUUUUGAAUGAACUAUCUAUUCCUCUGAACAACAUCCUGGUGAAAUUGAAGAUUGUUGAAUUUUUGAGCGUGCUGUAUGUGUGUAUUUUUACAGGAGGGGUGUGGAUACUUGAACGGUUAAUUCGAUAGGUGUCUGGUUCUGCGUCUUCGUUCAUCUUUUUUUAAUCCUGAAAAUCCCAUGCUGUUCUUCAAUUGCAUGACAAUUUUUCUGGAACCUUCGAGUGUUCCAUGGUUUGUGUUUGUGUUGAACCUCGAACUUCGGAAAAAUUUGCAUGAUUUCUUGACUAGUAACCAUGUGAGUCUUCCAACUACAUUCUGAAAUAAUGCACUCACCUUCCGGUUUCAAGGGUUUCUAAGGACCAACGGUAGUCGUUGGUAGGGGAAUAAAAACAUUUUUUAGGGAGA